UGUGAGGCGCGGCAUUACUCCCUCACACAACUCAUUCCCGCAAUCUCCCGCUCUCACACGCUAUUAGUCAUCUUAGGAUCACGUGGCGCUGCGUCAGUCGCAUUCUAUUGGCUAGGGGAUAUCGUUUUUCUUUUCAGCGCGGGAAGCCCGUCUGUGUGACGCACGUGAUCAGAUACUGACCAAUUGAGUGUGAGGUAUCACAGGCGAGAGAAGUGGGUGUGAGUGGAAGUGCGCGAGUGUCAGACAUGUAUCAGCAGAAAGCAAAGAGACGACUGUGCUCAGCACUAUUACUGCCCAACAAAUCCUCACUCGCCGGAACUCCAAUGCUCCAUCACUGUGCCCAGGAGGAGAUUAGUGAAUCCAGGAUUGGAGGAAAAAUUCCCAAGCUGGAGAAAAGUGAGGGGGUGCUCAGCAGCGAUGAGUAUGAAGACAUAUUUCGAGCAGUGCUGGGAAGGACAGGCCCAGCUUCUCCUCAGGCUCAUGCUGGGGAGGUGCGUCCGACAUUGAAAGGAAGCAUUACACCUCUGAAGCAAUCACAUCACCAAAAGAACCCGGCAGCACCAAAGGCAGAACCUCUUGACCCAGUCCCUAUAGAUCCAGGAAAGGCAUCACUAAAAGGCACCUGGCACAGAGGGGCGUGUGUGGCCUGGGUGCAGUGUGCUAAGCUGAACUGCAAGAAAUGGCGCAGACUGGGGCAGGACGUGGAUCCUUUGCUUUUGCCUGAAGAUUGGUGCUGUGAGCAGAACUCGGAAUGUCAGAGCUGUAGCUGUGCAGACCCAGAGGAGAAGUGCUUAGAGGAUGAGGAUAUCAUUUACGCUGCAUUUAUACCUGGCUGUGUGGUGUGGGCAAAGCAGUUUGGUUACCCCUGGUGGCCGGCAAUGAUAGAUUCUGAUCCAGACUCAGCUUCUUAUUUUAUGUUUAAACAUUGUACAGAUCCACUGCCUUGGAAAUACCAUGUGACAUUUUUGGGAGACAAGGUGUCACGCGCCUGGAUCUGUAUGAGGCACAUGAAACCCUUCAGUGAUCAUUCUCCAGAGAGCCUGGGUGUGUAUAAGGAGAAGAACCGAGAGCUGAAGAAGAUGCUUGUUAAUAGUAUUGGGAUGGCACAUGAGGUCCUUUCCUUGGGCAUUCAGGUAUAUGGGAGCGGCUGAAUACAUUUGGAUUUUGUGGUCGCAGUGGCCUUUAUAUAUAAGUCUCUAUAGGACUCCAGUCUGUUACCAAUGGAAGAUUUCCCUUCUGGCACUGGAAGAAUGAACAUUCCUCAAUGCUGAACUCACACUGCAAUCUCCCUUAUUCCUUUGUACUCAGGUUAUAUUUUUAAACUGAUUUUAUGUCUUUUAGGGCAGUUUUAAUGAACAGACAUUCUGUUUUUAAGGUUUCUAAUGUUUUUAACAACUUUUGAGAAAAAAAGGUGGAAUUAAAAAAGUGCUAAGAUAGGGCAGAUGUAAGUGCAGAGUUAGCCCCCGGCACUGUUCCUUCUUUAUGUAGCACACGCCAGGGUACAUCUUGUAAGGGGGGCUUGUCUGGCAUGGGAGAGCUGCCAAACAUAUCAUCAUAUAUCCCAUGUGCAGGGCCAAAGAACUACACUUCAUUUAGGGCUUUACUUGUCCUUUAACUCACCUGCUCUUCUGAGCAUCAUGGCAUCUCCUUCUUGCCAAGUCUUAUUGCACCAUCUGUCAAUGGACUUUUUACAAAUGAUUUUAGAAAGUUUCUUUUCAUAAAAGGGAAGAAAUCGUGUUUUUUUAAAGUAAACAAGAACAUGUCACACUAUAUUUUAAUGUUUAAGAAAAGAACAUCCCUGAGAGGGAAUGACAAAACAUUUAUAUUUUACUGAGAGGAAGUAACAGAAAUAUGUGUAUUUUACUGAAAGGAAGUGACAAAACUUUGUAUUUUACUGAGAGGAAGUGACAAAACGUUUGUAUUUUACUGAGAGGAAGUAACAGAAAUAUGUGUAUUUUACUGAAAGGAAGUGACAAAACUUUGUAUUUACUGAGAGGAAGUAACAUAAAUAUGUGUAUUUUACUGAAAGGAAGUGACAAAACGUUUGUAUUUUACUGAGAGGAAGUAACAUAAAUAUGUGUAUUUUACUGAAAGGAAGUGACAAAACGUUUGUAUUUUACUGAGAGGAAGUAACAUAAAUAUGUGUAUUUUACUGAAAGGAAGUGACAAAACUUUGUAUUUACUGAGAGGAAGUAACAAAAUGUUUUUAUUUUACUGAGAGGAAGUGACAAAACAUUUGUAGUUUACUGAGAGGAAGUGACAAAAUGUUUUUAUUUUACUGAGAGGAAGUGACAAAACAUUUGUAGUUUACUGAGGGGAAGUGACAAAAUGUUUUUAUUUUACUGAGAGGAAGUGACAAAACAUUAGUGUUUUACUGAGAGGAAGUGACACAACUGUAGUGUUUGUGUGAAAGUUGAUUUGUCAGGUGUUGGGAUGUCGGCAAUAAGACUGUGUAUCUGUUGCACAAUUAAAGUUGUAAUGUUGGU